UGGGUAUAAGCACUAGAGGUGUGCCGAAAGUAAAAACAAAAAGCACCUGUUCAAUUUUUCGAGUUUACUCGGUGAAAACCAGGCAUGGAGAAAUAUACUACUCCAGAACAAUGUCAAGAUUUAGAGGACAUAUGUACGCUUCUGCAAGACAAAGGAUCCAAGCAGUUUUCCAGGAAAUAUUCUUCACUGCCUCCUAUCAUCAAGUGGUUUGAUGUACUAGAAGAUAGUCUUGUUGUAGAUGAUCCUUUUAAGACCAACUUCAAAACUGAUCAUUACAACAUGCUGGUGCCUAAUAUAUUACGACUGUUGAGGUUCUGUUUCCUGACCAGGAAGGACGUCCCUACCGUCACUCUCCUCAGUCUGCUGACCGACGAACCUCAGAAGCACAUAGACGUCAUCUGGAAGGGUGUAUUAGAAGUAGCAUACCACAACCCUGACAGAUAUAAACCAUUCUUCUUUCAACUUGUAAAUCAGCUGAAAUCCUUGUAUGAGGUGAAUGCUAAAGAAAUUCUUCUAGAAUAUCUGUUGUUCGUCCUACACCAAGGGGACAUCAAUGAAGCCAAGCAUGUUUUCACCGUACAUGCAAUUUCAAAGAAGAGCCAUGCUGUUACAGAGCAGACAAAGAAUGUUGACGUCCUGUGUAAGGCGUAUCAAGGACUCGUGUACUAUGUGGAGUGGAUAUUGGCCAAAAGCAGACAUAAAAAAUUCCAGGACUUAGGGAAGCAGUUAGAUACUGAGACCAGUGAGAACUUUGAGCAGUUAAUGCUGGCCUGUGCAGACAAAGCUCUGAAUAACUUUGAGGUUUUGAAAGAUGUUCCAGGAGUUUGGGAUAUAUUUAUAACCAAGCACCUAGAGAUACUGGAGCAUUAUGACAAACUGGAGGAAGCAGAGGCCCUUUUACGAUCCUACAAAGACAAAAAUGAGGACAAUCCAAAUGCCCACAAGUUUUUAUAUUCAUUUGCAGUUCGUCAGGAAUGGCAGAAGUCUGCUAGAAUUGACCUUUUGAAGGGCUUGGCAAAACAUGUUCCCUCAGACCCAUUAGUUAUUGAGCUGUGUGAAUUAUUGAUUCAAGAGAAUGAAGGUCAAAAUGCCAUUCCUUUCUUGUUUGCUUUGUUGGAUGAUGGAAUGUGGCAAUUUGAACUACGACCCUGGAAGCUGAUGUCUGAGUUACUUAUCUCAGAAGUCAAAGGGGUCAAUGUGAUGAAGGGGUGUAUGACCUUUCGGACGUCCUGGUGGCCUCAGUAUCACUUCUCAUCCACGUACAACUGUUCCUCCCAGCUCAGUUUCCACAAGGCUGUCUGCUGUCUCCUAAUGGACCCAAAUAAUACCGCAUUUCCUGAACAAGUGAUGAUGACACUAUCCCCUGAGGAAAAGGAACAGUUUUUAUCUCUGAAGAAAAAGUUGAAGGACCUCUCCAAAGGCUCAUGACUGUAUGGUUAGUGUAAUCGGUUACUCACAACUGACAAACUGCCACAGCAAGUCUGCGGGAAAAGAAUGCCAGACGCCUUGGCCCAACGAAACCUCAGCCCAUGAACAUGCUGUUGAAAAGAUCUAAUAACACUUUUUGAAAAUGGUUUGUCCCCAAAGAAGUUGGAUGAGAACUUGGAUAUUUAACAGUUAUAUUGGCGUACAGUUAAAAAAGACAGCCAUGCUAGUCAUGUUGUACAGUGGAAAUGUUUUUGUAUUGAAUUAUGUACCCGGAACCCAUCGAGUUGGACCAUGCAAUUUGCAAAAACUAAUUUUUUUAAGCAUCUUUUAUGACUUGGACAAUGUCAGUACAUUAUACAUGUAUAUACUGUUUUCCACUGAUGUUGUCUGUGUGUUACUGUUUAUUUAUUGAAAGAUGAAAUACAAGAUCUAAGAUUUGAUUUCUUUUUAUCAAGAUCAGGUCACGUUUAGGUAAAAAUAUGUUGUCAUAAUUUCUGGAUGUGCUACCACUUUUCAGACAUCCCACAACACCGAGUUCAGAUAUUGUGUGCUCAUGUACUGAUUGAAAAAAUAAAAGAUGUUCUAGCAUGUUUUCUAUACCACCAAGUAUCAUUUACAUGAACCAGUACAUGUAUCAUAAAUACAAAGCAAAUAAAAUUGAAAACUUUA